GCAAAAUAAUCAGAAGAAUAGUGAUAUCCAGUAAUUUAUUAUUAAAAAUAUAUCUCUUGGAUAAAAAUCAAACAAAUUCAGUUUUAUAUGUCAUGUUGUGCAAAAAGUAAUAAAUGCUAUAAAUAAAUGGAGUGAAUACUGUGCUAUGGUAUUGCUGAUUAUGUCGAAUGCAUAAAUCUGCAAGAAAAAAUGGAUUUCAUCGACAACUUACUAAAUCAUAUGUCAUCUAAGUUCAACCAAGAAAGUACAUUACCAAAACAAGCAGAAAUAUCAAUGGACGAAACAUUCAAAUGGCGUGCUUUAAAAAAUAAUCAAUUUGCCAGCCGGUCAAAAAAUGGUCGUUCAAAAAUAAAAUCCAAGGACAAAGACAAGAAGGAUGCAGCUAGCAGCGAGUUGAAUAUGUCUUCUGAUGAAAACAAUAAAAGUGAUAGCUCCCAAGAUCCUAUAAUAGCAGACGUGAGUGAAAGCGCUGAUAUUGAAAUUGAAAUCGCUAACGAUAUCAGUGGAGCAGAAAUUCAAGAAGUCCUUGCAUCAACUCAAGGAAAUGUUCCGGUAUUGUUAGAGGAAACCAGUGCGCUCAAAGCAGUCAGCCUUAAUGAAAUAAAUGAAACUAUAAACAUCGCAAACGAUUCUGAGUUAAUUGAGGGUUCAACGUGUACCUCAAACAGUGAGCACAUAAAUGAUGAGGUUUUUGAGAAAGUAGUCCAUAGUGAAAACGAUGUAAGACCUAUUCAGGAUGAUUUAUCAGUUGAGAAAAAAUAUGCUGAAAAUACUGAAAUUGUAGAUGGAAAACCUGAGCUUGCUCCCACAAUUACGAAACAUAAUGAUCCUGAUGCAAAACAUAUUUUCAUUCACAUGUCGUCUACAUUCAACGGGUCAUGUCUAAUCAAAAGUUCUUCUAAUGAUAAUUUAUUACAAAUGCAAAAUUCACCAUCUGCCAAUGAAGAAACAUCAUCAUCCAAUUUAAAAGCAACCGUAAAAAAUGACAAUGCAAGUGAGAAUCAUAAAGAUCAUCCUUCGCCUACCUCUGUGAGAAGGUCCAAACGAUUGAAACAUGAUCAAACAAAAGAUUCCGAAUUGACCGAUGUGGAGCAUUUAUCAAACCAACAAACGUCGACAUUCGAACUGCCAUCAAUAUCUUCUAAAUCAUCAAACGAUAUGAGCGAUGAACAGAUUAACAUUAAUGAUACCGUGAAGAUCCCUGGUGAUAAAACAGAUAACACAGUAAGAACCUUGCGAAACAAAUCUUUUGGAAUCAAACUGAAUGAACCCGAAGCAAAAACUAAAACAACUGCAAAGAAAAAAUAUAAGAAUGAUCCAAAGGUGCAAGAAUCGCCACGAAAAGUUGUUCAUGUUAAGGAACUACAUUCAGUUUCUCCAGAAACGAGAAAAGUAACCAGGAGUAAAACCGUUCUACGAAAAAUUCCAACAACUCGAAGAACACAACACAUUAGAAGCAAUUACCCCACAAGGCAACGGAAUCGUAUUAUGGAUAAAAAUGCUGAAAGAAGAAAGCGUUCGUCACGCUUUUGGAAAAACGCGAAAAAUCAAACCAGUAAGUUGGGGAAAGAAAGCGAACAGAAACCAAAACAUUCACAAGAAACCCAGAAAGAAACUGCCAAAACCAAAAAUCCUAAGGAGCGCUCACCAAAACGAUCAGUUCGACUAUCUAAAGAUGGAAGUGAUGGUAUAUUGGCAUCAGCAAUUGCCAGGAGAGAAAAAAAUGACAUUACAGGGAUCCAAGGUAGACUUUCGCGGCCCAUCAAAUUAUCCGCAAAAAUACUAGCCAAUGACGAGCUACGAUAUGGGUUCGAACUCCAAAACAACGCCAGAUUAAACCUAAACGUGGAAGUAAAGGAUUCAUCUAACACCAAAGAAUUACUUAAAUUUGAUGUGGAUUCUACUUCCGGGAAGACAGAAAUAUCCGAGGCGAAAAUACCAAUACCUAUUAGUCAACCUGAUAAUACACUCGAACAACGAGAUUCGUUCCCAUCCGAACCAUUAAGCAACGUUCAAAUCAAAUGUCCGGAUCCAUUGGAGUUUCUCAAUGAAGUUAAAAGGAAUAACUUAGGGAGCAAUAAAUCGCCAGAAUGUAAUAGCAAACUUACCAAGAUACAACAGAAAAGAUUGCUUAAACUAAAAGAAAAGCACCUCUUCAUGCUCGGGCUUCAAAAAACUAACAACAACAAAUCGCUUGCCGAUACAAACAACCAAUGUAUCGAAACAAUUAGUAUAAAUAAAGAAGAUACGAAAGCAUUAACACAUUCGUCAAAUACAAUAAUAAAUACUUGUACGAAUGCGAAUGAUGCUCAAAUUAAUGAUGAUAUGAAAACUCAAACGGAAGCAUCUACACAUGCACUGCCUGCUACUCAUUUGCAAUCCAAAAUGCUGUGUUUUUGUCAAAAGGAUACCCGAUAUUUUACAACAAAAACACAAAGUCGCAUGUAUUGUACAGCAACGGACGACAUUGACGGACAGAUGAUCGGGUGCUGCAACGAAUUGAAAGGUGGUCUCCAGAAUUUGCUACGCCCAAGCAAUAGUGCCAGUUAUCAGCUUUUGUGUCUGACACAUCAGCGAAGACUACAUCAUCAUGGAUGCUGUGCUACUUGUGGAGUUUACUGUACACAGGGAUAUUUUAUCAUAUGCUCCAAUAAGCAUCUGUUUCAUCGGGAAUGCGCAGAGAAGUUCAUUAUCAACACCAAAGGAAAAUCUAGUCCAAUUAUUCCAAAGCUAGUAUUGAAAUGCCCUCAUUGUGGAUUGGAGAGUGUGAUUCGCGAAUACAAAAUAAGAUUGCAGAAGAGUCUAUCUUUCGCAAUAGUCACAACAAGGCACUAAUGUACAACAGCUUUAACAGGAGGAAUUUUUUAACAGAACUCUAUAUUGUUUUCGUUUAAAUUACACCACACCGGUAUCUUAACUGUGCCAAGCUUGCAAAUGCUCAUUACAGUUAAAAUAUUAUUUUUCGGAAUUAUGAAAUUUAUAUUAUAACAAUAAUUUUAAUAUGUAAGAUGCAAAAAUAAAAGGUAAAUUUUUGUCUGACACAUGAAACCUGUCAAUUUUGCCUUCAGAGGGUCACAAUUGCCUUAAUAGGGUCUCAAUCGCUAAUUGUGACCAUCUGAAAGAGAAAUUGACAGUCACAGCAAAAACUUCGUAAAUUUACAUGUGGCACAGUCAUGUAUUUUCUGGUCGAAGUUGAAACACACAGCAAUAAAUCAUUAAUUUCACAUGGAAGUAUUUAAUAAUACAUUAAUUUGCAUUGAAUUUCACAUGCGUGUGUGCUUUUACAUGUAAGUCACGAACGUAUAAAUUUCAGCUUCAUUCAUGGAGGUUAAGAUCGUUAAACAUGUAGUUUUAAAUGUAUGUUUUAUGUUUAAAAUUGACACAGUGUCAUACAUAAACUUUAACUCUUCUUCCUGCAUCUUACAUAUUAAAAUAUAAUAAUUAUAUCCCAUAGUUUCAUAAUUCCGAAUAAUCGUAUUUUAGCUAUGUAAUGCAUUGCAAGUAUGCUUUAAACAUUGAAUUUAAAUCAGAUCUUGUUAAAUUACCAUACAAUGAAUCAAAAGAAUCGAUCAUUCAUAAUAGUAAAGUUCAUAUACCGGUGUAGUGAAAUGGAUAAACGGAAAUUAUUAUGUACUCGAAGCUUGGCUCGACAGCUUAGGCGAUGACGAGCAAAACACUUGCAACGACACUCGCCGAGCAUCUAGUUGUUCGAACAUGGGCUUGGCGAAAUCAAUGAGCUCAGCCGCUAGCCCAACCUUCUGUCGAUGCUUACCAAGUUCAUAACAAGUUCAUCUGACUGUGGGAUGGUAUGAGGAGAUUAGGUCGUAUGAAUAAAAGCAUUUACUUUACUUUUCCCGUAAGAAAAGCACGGGAAAGUAAAGUCAACUCUUUUUAUUCAUACACAUUUUUUUGCCGAGAUGGGCACCACCGAGCAGCUCGGCAUUUUAUUUUGCUGAAUAUCAGUGAAAAACUUGGGGAGAUUCAGCAAAUAUUUUAUUUGUUAGCUGAGAUGUCGGAAAAAAUCCCGUUUGUUAGCUGAAUCUCGGCAAGUUUUUAACUGAGAUCCAGCAAAACAAAAUACCGAGCUGCUCGGUGGUGCCCAUCUUGGCAAAAAAAUCUAAGUGUGUACGGCCCAUUGUUCAGAGGUUAAUUUAAAUGCCGCGAUA